AUGGAAUCAUGGGAUAUGUGGGACUUACAGUCUCAGUCAGUGCCCGGUUACAAACCAUCACAAGCUGCGGUUCAUCCCAGUCAACAGUUUGCACAGGCUAACUCCCAGGGGCAUAAGGGAGAGGUACAGAUGAAUGGAUUCAGCCAACAGAAGCAUCCACAGGGAUAUAAUGGAAAUAAAGUAGACACCCAAAAUGUGCAGAUGGAUCCUGAAAUAAACUUCUUUGAAGAUAUGACUCCACAGGUGAAAAGGCAGCCGAAGAUUUUGAUUCGCAAGAAGGACUCGUCUCAGCCAUCAGGCGGAUCUUUGAGUAACAGGCUGGCAGUCUUGUCUGAUGUCCCAUUUUCUAAUUCCGAGCUGGAAGCCUGGGAAGAGCAGGCCAAUGCCUGGGACACUGAGGUCGCGUCUGAUGAUUUAAUCUGGCAAGCAGAGGAGGCCAUUAAGGAAACCCGCAGGAAAGAACGGAUGGAACGUCAUAUGGAACAGCAGAAGAAGAAACAAAAGAAGGAUGAAAUGAGAGGAAUGAAAAGUGGAUCAUUGCUAGCAACAAAAAUAUCGUGA